UAAAUCAACAUCCAUGAGCUUAAAAAGCGCCAUCCGCCUGGUGAAAGGGGCGAGCUUUCAUCCCCGUCGCCCGCUGCGGCCUCGUCGUCGGCGCCGCUUUCCAGCAUCUUUUCCCAGACGCUUUGAGCCGAAGACACACUUCGUCGCCCGGUUAAAUGGAGAGGACACUUCGUCAUCCGAUUAAAAACCGUAUGAUUCACAGGGAAAAAAAACCGUCACGGUGCAUCCCCGCGUGUCAGAGAGCGGUGAGCGAAAUCCAGCGAGAGGGCGGGUGAGCGAUCGUCAGCGGGAAGCGGCGCGCCAGGCAGAGUUUUCGUCAGAGUGUGUUGGUCAGUGACGCGGGUCGGAGGGCGGUGCUGCGCUGCCGCUCGGAGUGUUACUUGCUCGACCUCGUCCUCCACCACGCCGAAGGACGCCUCGCCGGAGUGAAGUGUGAGUGAUGCUUAUCGAAUCUGGGUCAGAUUCCCGGCUCCUUUUGGGCGGAUCAGUGCUUCACGUGGGCGGAAGUGGAUAAUCUAUUACAAGGCUGUCGCGCGGUCCAGGCCGUUGCGGAGACGAAAGCAGUGCGAGGAUAAGGACCGCCUCCGGAGACCGAAACGUGUGCCAUUGGUGUGAUGUUGCGACCGAAGGAGACCCAAUAGUAUAUCGGCCAUUGUCCCUCCCUCCCGAACCCCACCCAACCCCGCCCCAACCUUCCCACCCCCUCCCAGCUCCUCUCCAGGACAUGUAAGAGAGGAGCGCUGCGGGUACCAAUUACAUUCUGACCUCUCCAAUCUCGCCAUCCGCAUUGUUGGACUAGAAACCGACCGAAGACCGCUCGGGUGUAUCUUCGCUCGGCCGUUGCAAGAGGCGGCUGCAAUACGGCGCGAACUCCGGCGGGGAUCGCAUCGCCUCCUCCUGCUGCACGCGCUGCCGACCGAGGGAUUGCGAACACCUGAAGAUGGAGGCUCAGCAGGGACCUCGGCUGCUACCGCUGCCACUCGCUCUCCUGCUUAUCCUCCUCAUUCCACAAUACUCAUGCUUUAAUCUCGAGGUCUCGAAGGCCAUGGUGUACACAGACCCCACCCUCGAGUACAGCAACUGGGGGAGGGAGUCCUACUUCGGCUUCACUGUCGCCCUUCAGCACAGGACGUCCGACGACACUGCCUGGCUAGUUGUAGGGGCUCCACGUGCGAACUCAAGCCACUACAGACCCACGGCUAUAAGGGAGCCAGGAGUGGUGUUCAAAUGCAGCCUUGAAGGAGACACCUGCCAGGAACUGCACAUUGACCAAACGGGGAACACCGUGGUUCACAAUUCCAACAGCGAGUUCAGUUACCACGACCUGAAGAACGGCGGCUGGCUCGGAGGCUCUCUCGAUUCCCAGCCGGCCUUUGACGAGGACAGGCAAAUCACAGCGGUGUGCGCGCCCAGGUGGAUCAACCAGAAACUACUCGGCAAUUAUCUUAUGAACGGAGCGUGCUACUGGCUUAACGAGUCCCUGCCCAACGCUCCGGCCCACACUGCCAGGAGUGUGAGUAAAGGCGAAAAUUCCCUGCAGACCCAUGGCGACGCGGUGUUCUACUACGCCCACGGAGAAGCGGGUAUGUCUCUUCACUUCCCGGACGACCCAACCGAGAUGAUAGUGGGCGCCCCGGGUGUGUACAAGUGGCGAGGAACCAUCAUCCGCUAUAAGGACACGUACAUGCAACACGUAGGAGGCAUUGCAAGACGCAGAAGACAGACCAGGGGGAAAAUACCAGAAUACCAGAUGUUUUCGAGGGCAUUCAUACCCAACCCGUACUACACUUCUGCCAUGGAAGACUUCGAUCUCAUGGGGUAUUCAGUGACCUCGGGGCGGUUCAGGUCAAAGGACGAGCUCCUGUACGUGGGAGGUGCUCCUCGAGGGGCCGGGUCGCAUGGCAAGGUGAUUGUCUUCUCCUUCCCCGACUGGCAGUCUCAGCCGCUCACCGUCCUGGCCGAGUGGAAGGGAAAGCAACUCGGGGAAAACUUCGGUGCUUCUCUGGUCGCGGCAGACGUCAACGGAGACGGCCUCAGCGAUCUGCUCGUCGGGGCGCCCAUGCACUCCCUGAAGGACAAACCGGAUGCAGGGAGGGUGCAAGUGUUCCUCUCUUCGCAGGACCAGCAGUUGGUAAGUUCCGAUUACCGAUACCACGGAUCCACCAGGAGCUUCGCGAGGUUCGGCACGAGUCUGGCGCGUGUCGGGGACCUCUCUUCCCCGCCUCACCCAGACGUGGCGAUAGGAGCCCCUUGGGAAGACGAUGGCGCCGUGUACAUCUACCUCGGCUCCGCUUCUGGGCUGAGGCAAACCCACUCCCAGAAGCUCCAGCCUCAAGACUUUCCCCAAACUAUGAAGGGCUUUGGCAUGGGUCUCUCCAGAGGCAUCGACUUCGACAAGAAUGGUUAUCCAGACCUGGCCAUUGGCAGCUUCGUGUCAGGUCAUGCAGUGGUGCUAAGGAGUCGACCUGUUGCCUACAUUACAGGCAGCCUCACUUCAGAACCACCCAAUAUUGGUCUGAAUGAUACCCUGUUCCAACUGUCUGCCUGCUUGGGAUACAGGGGCUACAAAGUCCCACGUUAUGUCAGUAUUAAGGGAAACAUCACACUUGACACAGCCUUUCCCUCUCCUCGAGCUUUCUUCACCGACAACAAGAGCAACUUCAGGGAAAUCAGUCUUGUGGCCACAAACCGGGAAACUGAAUGCCUCCAGUAUGCAGUUAUGGUUAAGGAUGACAAAGUGGACCCUCGGAAACCUAUUCACAUGAAGCUGGAAUAUGACUUAUAUUCACCUGAAGGACACAAUAUUCUCGUCCAGCCCAAGACGGAACCAGGGAUAGGAACGAUGACCCUGUCCAGAGUUGGGAUAGUGACUGGCUGCGAGGAAGACGGUGACGAUGCCUGUCUCGUGAACAUGCAGGUGACCAGCCGCUUCGACAGGUACAGUGAAAGUGACUACAUGAUAAUAGGCAGUGACAACAAGCCAGUGCUAACAGUGAUGGUUGACAAUGUGGGCGAACCAGUUUUCCUGCCAAACUUAACUGUGCAAGUAGAUCCUCCCUUGUCGCUAACCAUCCCACUGACCCACGACUGUGUGUAUGCUGACAGUGACCUGAGAACUACCCUUACGUGCCGCCUUGCAAACCCCAUUGUCAAAGGUGGAAGGGAUAAGGUUGAGAUUACAGUGGAUGCCAGUAACUUAGGGGACAGUUCAUCCGACCCAGACAUUUCUCUUGAGGUGUCCGGUGAAGGUCUUGAGCUACAUCCUCUAGAUAACGCCAUUAGCCACUCCCUCAACCUUGCAGCUGAAGCGAACUUAAUUCUCCAUGGGUACUCUCGUGAAGAACAAGUGGUGUACCAGCGAUUUAAGAAGGGAUCUAUUAACACUACCUACACACCCUCUUUUCUACACAUAUAUUCGAUAGUAAAGGAAGGCCCAACACCUCUUGGUCAAGUUGAGUUUGUGCUUGAUAUUCCAGUCAAUAUCACUGAUGAGAAUUUCCUGAAAAUUUACCAUCCAAAGGCCAGCUUUUUGGGAGAUCCAGUUGCCUGUACCAUCCAUGGAGGGACCUUCUCAGUUUUUGAGAAAAAGCCCUUGAAAAGCAGAGGGUCACCAUGGAAACCAAAAGAAAAGAAGAAGAAGAAGAAGGAAAAGAAGAUAGCCACUGAAGUGGAAGAAAAGGAAGAAACAGUGAAUAUUGUCGAUGCAAAACUGGAGAAAGCAGUAUUGCUCAAUUGCUCAAAUCCCCUCGUCUCAUGUGCUCAAAUACGCUGCCUUAUCAGCACUUGGCCAGCAGAAACAGUUUCUGCAGAGUUUUCUGUCAGAAUGGACAUGAACUUGACAAAAUUAGCUGACCAUAUAUCUGCCGCGGCUGGUGCAGAGUUUAUCAGCCGAGCCCAUGCCAAGAUCCUCACCCUCAACCCUCUAUUGACCUUUAUUGGGAACAACGAGUCUGUGCUGGAGGUCCAGACAUUCCUACAGCCAGACAGAUUGCCCGGCAGAGGAGUACCAUGGUGGGUCAUUGUUCUGUCUAUUCUCGGAGGAUUGCUGCUCCUGGGCAUUACUUCAUAUGUGCUAUACAAGAUGGGCUUCUUCCAGAGAAAAGAACAUGAAGAAAUGGUCGCCCACCAGGCUAUCAUCGAGUCAAAUGGAACAGGAUGAUUUAUAUCUCAUACAUAUGGGAGAAGCAAACCUUAAUUAUAUGUUAGCUGUGAACCAAAGACUUAUUGUGUACCUAAUGCAUCUAACAAGGAGAUUUUCUUCUCGGUGUAGUUAAUUUAGGUGUUUAGAACAAAUUUACUUUCAGUUAGAUUUCCACUUUGGAUGCAGCAGUGGAGAGCGUUGCCAUAAUAAACAUAUUCUAUAUAUUAGGAUGAGAAAUGUAAAGCAAUAUUAGAACCACUCAACAAAAUUUCUGUGCAUAAUUCAUACAGUAUGACCAAUCUUUAUUUUGAGCUGCAAGAUUGGUAGAAAAACAAAAACAAAAUGAAGAUUUUAAAUGUAAUCAGAAGUGUAGAAAAACAAAAAUGGGAGUUACACUGGUAUUGAGAAAUUCAAAUAUACAUUCAUCUGAUCUUCAGCUGGUCACUGAAUUCAGGCAGUUAGUUUAUUAAGGAAUUCUCUCUCUCUCUCUCUCUCUCUCUCUCUCUCUCUCUCUCUCUCCUCUCUCUCUCUCUCUCUCUCUCUCUCUCUCUCUCUCUCUCUCUCUCUCUCCUCUCUCUCUCUCUCUCUCUCUCUCUCUCUCUCUCUCUCUCUCUCUCUCUCUCUCUCUCUCUCUCUCUCUCCAAAAUAUUGAAUUUUAAUUUUUGUAUAUAGAACUUUGACCAUAUUAUCCAAAAUCUCUUUCCUGCUAUUGUGAUAAUGUACUAUAGAAAAUGAUAACAUAGGUAGUAUUAUUUGCCUAAACCCAGUGACUUUGUGAUUGGAGUGUCAGUAUGUGUCUAAAUGGUUAUUGGCAAUCUAUAUUGUAAAUAAAGUUUCUGAUACAUAGUGUGAAUAAUUUAUUGCAUGGAUGCUUUUUGUACUAACAUUUGUAAGAUCUCAUUUUGUUAGGUAGAUCUAAUAUGUGUGUGUGUGUGUGUGUGUGUGUGUGUGUGUGUGUGUGUGUGUGUGUGUGUGUGUGUGUGUGUGUGUGUGUGUGUGUGUGUGUGUGUGUGUGUGUUUGAGAGAGAGAGAAAGAGAAAGGAUGGGAGAGAGGUAUGGUAUCACGAAUAAAAGUGCUUCAGUAUGAAUUUUUCCCUACUCAUAGAAUUAAGCUGAUAGUAGUGCAGGUCAUUAAAACCCUGGAAGUAUUAAGAUGACUGCUGUCCAUGCAUGACCUAUGAAGUUGCCAAACUACUGUAUGUAGAAUCACACUCAGUAAUGUAGUUAGACCAGGAAACAUGUCCUUCUGUCAUGUUUUGCCAAAAUAGAUAAUUUCUCUAGUCAUGUUUCUUAGUCUUUAUGAUGGAG